AUUAGCUUUGUGCUAAACAUUUUGGUGCUUGUUGUGCAGCUGAUCCCCAUUGCAUACUACAAUGAACUCCCACGUCUUUUGCCCAAAACGGCGAUUCUCCAAGGCACUGGUGGAUGCGUUUGGAAAGUAGCGAUGAAGCUGAAGGAAGAGGAGCUGUAUUUUGAACAAGGCUGGCCCAAAUUCGUUAAGGAUAACUCUCUUAUCGAUGGAGACUUUUUGACCUUCGUGUAUGAUGGAGACCGCACUUUCGAGGUCAGUAUCUAUGGCCUCACUGGAUGCAAAGAGAUUAGAGCAGUCGCUGAAGUGGAGGAGGAGGUAGCAGACAGUAUCCUUUCUCUAAGCAGCGAUGACACAGACACUAGUUCUGAAUCCGAGAAGGUCACUGCAAUUCCAAGAAGCAAGAACAAAGGAAAGUCGAAAGUGGAAGUUGUGGAUUCUUAUGACGAAGAGGACAUUGAUGACACAGACACUUGUUCUGAAUUCAAGACGUCCAAUACAGUACCGAGAAGCAAGGACAAAGGAAAGUCGAAAGAGGAACCUGUGGAGGAUUCUGAUGAUGAUGACACAGAGGACAGUGAUUAUUCUCUAGACAGUGAAGAGACAGAGACAGAGACAGAUACUUGUUCUGAACUAAAAGCUUUCCUUUUUUUUUUGUUUGUUGAGAUAUUUCCAGGAAAGAAGAAAGUGGAAGUGGUGGAGAGCUCUGAUGAAGAUUACACUGAAGCGUUUGGUCGCAUGGGUUUUGAAGAUGAUUCCAACAGUGACAGUUCUUAUUCUCCAGAUGGCAAAGACACAACGACUCAUGUCAAACGAAAUGUGACAAAUCCAAAGAAGAAAGGAAAGUCCAAAGUAAUAGACUUAGGUGUUCAUGAAGUUGGUGAAUGUUCUCAUCCUGUAGAACCGGCUCAGACAAAGGAGAAACGAAAGAGGGAGAAAGUAGUGAGAAAGAUCAAAAAUCCGGAGGCAUAUCUUGAUGAUCCAAAUAAUGUAUAUUUCGAGACAGGUGUGAAGAACAGGUUGUACGAGCUGUUGGUUCAUUCACAAUUGGUCAAAGACUACUGCUUGAAGUUUGAAAAAUUCAUCAACUACAUCCACCCAAAGGGAAAACUAAAGGCGAAAACAGCAAAAUGGAAGGAUCAACGUGUGUGUAUCAAAAAAUGGAUCACCAUAUGCGACAAGAACAAACUGAACAAGAAAGAUCGCGUCUUGUGUGAGCUCUUGCGCAAUCGAAAUCUAGUUUACGCAAUCAAAGUCCACAUCGUCAGAGGAAAAGACCUGUAA